CUCUGCUUGUGCCUCUGCUUUGCCCAGAUCUUGAAGCAGAGAAUGGGCGAGCAAGCCGAGACAACGGCAUACGCCCGACUCACUGGCGGCGAAUCUUUUCCCGUCGGCGACGACCAGGAUCUCGAAGAUGGCGAGAUUAUCGAGACUGCUGGACUCGACACCACCACCAACACCACCACCAACACCAUUGCCCACGAUCCGCAAGACCCAAGUCUUUUCUGGCACGCCCAAUACGGACUCGACCAUAGUGGACAGUACCAUGGCAGUUACGAUCCGCUCUACACCCACAGCAUGCCCGCUUCCGACAGAUACGAAGGAUCGGGCGAGAUCGGCGGACCCUCAUCCUACGAGCCGCAAAGCAACGCCGAGAUGAAGCUGGUGGUGAUUUCGUCAGAAGUCCUCAAGCCCGGAUCGGUUGUUCUGGUCGAUGGCAGCGGGCUCACGAUAGGCAGAGACCGGGCGCCAGAGAAGCGGCUGCAGCUGAAGGAGAUGGCCGUUAGUCGGUUUCAUGCCAUGAUAUUUGUGCAGACGGUCUUUGAAGAGGCAACCUCGCAGGCCGAGAUAGCCUGGCCGGAAACAGGAAGCGCCGAAUGCCAGACAGGACAGCUUCCGGGUAGCGAUCCGCUUGAGGCGGGGCUGCUCGGGGGCUUUAUUGGCCCGAUUGCCCAGAAGCCAUCAGAUGGCGACUCCCUGCAUCGCUGCUAUAGCGCCGACGUGGCGACCUUGGAGAUCAACGAAGCCCAAGUGGCUAUAUCUGCAGCGCAGGGCUCUUUUGGUGCCGACUGUCAUGGAGUCGAGCAAAAGCCGUCGCCGGAGAACGGCCUGGACGACCGGCUCCAAACAGAAGGCGGGCUGCCAGCCAGCGCUGAAGCAGAGUCUGGCGAGGAGGGGGAAUACCAGGAGAAGGACAAGUCCAUCAAUAACCGUACCGACGACGAAGAUGCAGCGCAGAGCCCACGGAACGAAUCCGGUCAGUCCAUGGACAAGCAGCAGUCUGGUGAAAGCGACCCGCAAACGCAAGCGGGAACGACAGAGGACGAACAGCAGCGCAUCUACAUCACAAGAGACUGCUUCUUCGUUGUUGACCAGGGCUCGGUGCAUGGCACAAUGCACAACGGCUGGCGACUCUCAGAAGCCAAGAAAUGCUCCCAACCACAGGCCCUUCGGCACGAAGACACGAUUACGAUCGGAAGCACGACUUUUCAGGCACACAUCCAUGAGGCCUGGAGCUGCGAGGCUUGCCGGAUCACCGACGACAACGAAAUUGUCACAGACUCGACUGCAAUCGCACAGGCCAAGAAGACGAAAGCGCCGGCAGCGUCCAAGCACAAGUCCCUCGAGUCUCGUCGUCGGGACGAGCUCAAUCGCCUCAGACAAAAGUAUCGCUUCGCCGACAAGGACACAUCCACGAACCCCCAGAGUGUCGAUCGGGCGCAGAAACGACGGGAGCGGGACGGACCCGAUACCCCAGAUUCAUUCAGCCCCAAGCGGCCAGACCACAAGCCGAGUCCUGCAGCGGCGGAAGCUGCCAGCCAUUCGCCCGGCCAACUCAAGUUUUCCAAGAUGCAGAUGAGACUGGGCCGUGGCUCGUCGUUCAUCGCCGGCGGUGGACGAGGCAGAUCGGCUGUGGCCUCCGUCUUCAGCGAGGAGACAUCCGACCAAGAUACCCGGCCGGCUGCACCCAAGCCGCUGAUGGACGACGAGACGAACGUGGGCAACCAGCUGCUGCGGAAGAUGGGCUGGACAACAGGCACCGGCCUGGGAAAGGAGGGCGACGGGCGGCACGAGCCGAUCGCUGUCACCAUCAAGUCGGAGAGAUCAGGGCUUGGGUUCAAGAGCACAUAGAGCGAUCGCGAAGGAACCAAGCAUUGGCGGCCCUCCGUCUAUGGGCGGCGCCUGCUUCACUGCCGUUUGUGGGCAGGAUCGCCCGGAACACCCACGCCAACCAUGCAGCAGCAAUCUAGAUCUUAAUUGCACCAAAUGCACCAAAUGCACUCGACAGGGUCUGCACUGUUCAUCCGUUACAGCGAGCGAAAUAUAUUGAAUAUCGGCGCGCAUGGCCCGAUCGCUCAAGACUCGAGACCAGCA